AUGCGAGGAUGGGCGGGAGGUGGGUCUAGAUCAGACGUGGCAUGCGUAGGAUGCGUGCAGCUUGUUUCGUUCUGCGGCAGCGGAGCUGCGCCACGGCGGCAGAACAAAACAAACGGCACCUCUCCCACAGCCUGCCCUCCCACAGCCUGCCCUCCCACAGCCUGCCCUCCCACGGCCUGCCCUCCCACAGCCUGCCCUCUCACAUCUCACAGCUUGCCCUCUCACAGCCUGCCGCAGCGGAGCAGGCUGUGA